CUCCAGCCUCUCCUCGAACGACAUCUUGCUGCAAACGCUCAGUAUGAGGGCCUGCCUGCUCUUCCUGGGCAUCACCGCCCUGGCCACAGCAAUCCCAGCUUUGAAACCACCCCAUGGGAGUCCAGACAGAGCCCACACAACCCAGCUUGCCAAAGUCUCCAUCGCCCUGCAGCCCGAGUGUCGAGAGCUCCUCGAGCAAGCCCUCCACCACCUCUCCGACCCCUCAAGCCCACGGUACGGCCGUUACCUUGGCCGCGAAGAAGCCAAAGCUCUGCUCCGCCCUCGACGAGAGGCCACGGCCGCCGUCAAGAGAUGGCUGGCCAGGGCUGGUGUUCCUGCUCAUGAUGUUUUGACUGAUGGGCAGUUCAUCCACGUGCGGACGCUUGCGGAGAAGGCUCAGGCUCUGCUUGGAUUCGAGUACAACUCGACGCUGGGUUCGCAGACAAUCGCAAUCUCUACCCUUCCAGGAAAGAUACGGAAGCAUGUCAUGACCGUUCAGUAUGUUCCGCUUUGGACGGAAGCAGACUGGGAGGAAUGCAAGACGAUAAUCACGCCUAGCUGCCUGAAAAGGCUGUAUCACGUCGACAGUUACCGCGCAAAGUAUGAGAGCAGCAGUCUUUUUGGCAUCGUGGGCUUCAGCGGGCAAGCGGCUCAGCACGACGAACUGGACAAGUUUCUCCACGAUUUUGCGCCCUACUCUACCAACGCAAACUUCUCCAUCGAGUCUGUCAAUGGAGGGCAGAGUCCCCAGGGGAUGAACGAGCCGGCAAGCGAGGCCAACGGAGAUGUCCAGUACGCCGUUGCCAUGGGCUAUCAUGUUCCUGUUCGGUAUUACGCAGUCGGUGGCGAGAACCAUGACAUUAUCCCAGACCUGGACCUGGUUGAUACAACAGAGGAGUAUCUUGAGCCGUUUCUCGAAUUCGCCAGCCAUCUCCUCGACCUCGACGACGAUGAGCUCCCAAGGGUAGUCUCCAUCUCGUACGGCGCCAACGAGCAGCUCUUCCCCCGAUCCUACGCCCAUCAAGUCUGCGACAUGUUUGGCCAGCUCGGCGCCCGCGGCGUCUCCAUCGUCGUGGCCGCUGGCGACCUGGGCCCCGGCGUAUCAUGCCAAUCAAACGACGGCUCAGCAAGGCCAAAGUUCAUCCCCUCGUUUCCCGCGACGUGCCCCUACGUGACGAGCGUGGGGUCGACGCGCGGCAUCAUGCCCGAGGUGGCGGCGAGCUUUUCGUCGGGCGGCUUCUCGGAUUAUUUUGCUCGUCCGGCGUGGCAGGAUAGAGCGGUGGGCGCGUACCUCGGGGCGCAUGGCGAGGAGUGGGAGGGCUUUUAUAAUCCUGCUGGGAGAGGGUUUCCUGAUGUUGCUGCUCAGGGGGUGAAUUUUCGGUUUAGAGCCCAUGGGAAUGAGAGCUUGAGUUCCGGGACGAGCCUCUCCUCGCCGGUGUUUGCCGCUCUCAUUGCUCUGCUCAACGACCAUCGAUCUAAGAGCGGCAUGCCGCCCAUGGGAUUCCUGAAUCCUUGGAUCUACACCGUCGGCAGUCACGCCUUCACAGACAUCAUCGAGGCCAGGUCGGAGGGAUGCCCAGGACAGAGCGUCGAAUAUCUCGCAUCGCCCUAUAUCCCCAACGCGGGCUGGAGCGCCGUGCCUGGAUGGGAUCCGGUGACGGGUUGGGGCACGCCGCUGUUUGACAGGAUGCUGAAUCUGUCUUUGGUGUAGGAGGUGAUGAUGGGUGAUAAGCUUGGGUUUUGGAGAAGAC